AAAAAACAAAACAAAAUGGCCUUCGCUGGAAUUCUUAAGGAUGAGGAUGUGGCUGCAGCCAUCAGUGCCUGCUCUGCUGCAGAUAGCUUCAACUACAAAACCUUCUUUGCCAAGGUUGGCCUGUCAGCUAAAUCUGCCGAUGAGAUUAAGAAGGCCUUCUUUGUAAUUGAUCAGGACAAGAGCGGCUUCAUUGAGGAAGAUGAGCUGAAACUGUUCCUGCAGAACUUCUCUGCUGGUGCCAGAGCUCUGACUGAUGCUGAGACCAAGGCCUUCCUUGCAGCUGGUGACAGUGAUGGCGAUGGCAAAAUUGGAGUUGAUGGUACUUAAGCAAUACUAGCCCUCGCAGAGCUUAAAUGAAAGGCAUUAUAAUUUAAUAAUGAAGACAAAUAUGUGAGACAGACAAUAGAUACACUGAUUGCUUACACAAAUGAUUCUGUGUGUUCAGUAGAUAUUUGAUUAAUAUUUUAAUCACUUUUUAGUCUGGUGUUUAUAUAGUUAUUU